AUGCCCGAACGUGAACGUCCGUCAAGUCCCCUCUCACUCAUUGACGACGAAGAAUUCGACAACCCCGACACCUACAAGCUUGUGGACGAGGCCACCGAUUCGGAUAUCCUCAACCCACCCCGCUUUGGCGUCUUACAACCCUCUCAACUACCGCAUCGUAACGGCAAGAGGGCCUCGAAAAAGAGGCAAUACAGCGAGUUAGAGCAGAUUGCUCUCCGCCCGGUCCCGCGGAAGCCACCCACGAGAUCGGACAAGUUGGUUCACCACGGACGUCACUACUGUCGAACUAUCUACGCUUUUUCCAACGUCCAUGGGGUCAUUACGCACGGCUUGACCGUAGAAAACAGCGGAAAGCGACCCGAUACCCAGCAACAGCGGCGCGCUCAUCGUGUGUAUCUCAAGCUCCUCAACCUCGUCCCCGGCCUAUCCGAUCGUCUAGCCAACGCAGACGACGAGGAUCUGAAUACUAUCGCCCGACAUUUGCAGAAAGGUGCCAAUCAGGCUCGUUCUGACGACACCAAGGGUCUCAGAACUGUCAUAAUUGAUUGGUUGGCCCCUCCUGACGAGCCGUUACAACCCUCUCUAUCGCGCACGGUCAAGGUCGACAGGGGUUUCAAUCACGACCGUACCGGCGAGCUUCUUUGCCCGCCGCAUAUCAACUGGUCAAACCCCAAGAUCAGAGAGCAGCUUCGCAACAAGUCUCUGGUUGUGUCUGGGAGCGAUCUCCCCUCUUUCCUUUGGGAAGAUGGUAUGUAUGACGGAAAGGAUAUCUGGAAAGGGUUCUUCCGAAACCCCAUUCUUGUGAAGGCAUAUAAACAUAUCUUUACAUCACCGAGCUCAGUCGAUGACGCGCCCAAGGCCACGCGUUCCGGUAAUGCGCGAAUCCAUGGGAUGACAGCAGCUACGGCUCCAUCACUAGCAUACGUUGCUGUGCAGGUUCGUUUCGCACUGUCCUCAGAGACCACGUUCGUCCGCUCGGAGGGAGAAAGCGAAAGCGAGAAGUUCUACGAGACCCUUCUCGAUAUCUUCGAGGACGUUCAUGCACAGCACAAGGUCGUCGAGGUAUUGAGUUGGUACAAUCAGCAAGUGUUUCCCGCGUUCACAAACUCGAAGCGCAUCGUCUCCGAAGACAGCCCGUACGCUCUAUUCAAAGCCUAUAGCCAAUCGGUCAAGGAUGCCAAAGCGCAGAAGAAAAAUCCCAAGCCGUCUAACCUUAACCGUGCUCGUCGCCAGCAGCCUGUCGCUUCGUCGUCGAGGGUGUUGUUGGACACUGUUCAGGAGGAGGAGGAGAUGGAAGGAGAAGGUGGCGGAGACGGUGAUGAAGGUGACGAGGAGAAUCGGGAGCCUGCCCAGCAGACAAGGUUCAAGAGGCAGAAGCGACCCCAUCCUGACAACGGCGCAGUCGCCACCCCAAAAAGGACUUCUGAGGCUGUUCCGACUGCUAUCUUCACAGGGAGGAUCACUCGCUCAGCCGCAAGACAGGCGCUCGGGCCUGGGCUAUCAUUCUGA